GCCAAUGAGGUUGCAGUGCGGAUGUCCAGCGGUGUGCGCUGUGUUUUUGACCCCCACACGGCUUCCGCUUCAGCAUCGGCUCCGCACCGCGCUGUCACCCCGCACACAUCUGUAGGUGGGAUGUGUGAUGGAGUUAGUUUGGUUGCCAUGGUGAUGGAGUGGAGGUGUGUGUACUGGUUGCUGUGUUGCUGUGGCAGUGUGUGAGUGUGUGUGUGUGAUGCUGCGCUGGACGGUGUGUCUGGACGGCGGCCCCCGCAGGGUGAAUCAUGCCGCCGUGGCUGUGGGACAUAAAGUUUACUCGUUUGGAGGUUACUGCUCAGGGGAGGACUACGAGACGCUGCGGCAAAUCGAUGUGCACAUCUUCAACACCGUGUCCCUGCGGUGGACGAAGCUCCCUCCAGUGAGGACAGGAGGUAGGGAACACGCUCGUGAAGUGCCGUACAUGCGUUAUGGACACACAGCCGUACUGGUGGAAGAUACCAUCUACAUCUGGGGGGGGCGGAACGACACAGAGGGGGCGUGUAACGUCCUGUACGCCUUUGAUGUUGGCAGUCACCGGUGGUGGACACCAAAGGUCACAGGGACGGUCCCUGGGGCAAGAGAUGGACACUCAGCCUGCGUCCUCAACAGAGACAUGUACAUAUUUGGAGGAUACGAACAACUGGCCGACUGUUUCUCCAAUGACAUCCACAAGCUGGACUCGAUCACCAUGUGCUGGAGUUUAAUUAAAGCUACAGGAACCCCGGCGAGGUGGAGAGAUUUCCACUCGGCAACGAUUAUCGGCAGGAAGAUGUUUGUGUUUGGGGGCCGUGCCGAUCGUUUCGGUCCAUUUCACUCCAAUAACGAGAUUUACUGCAAUAAGAUCAAAGUGUUCGACACGGAAACGAACAGCUGGCUCAACACACCCACCAAUCAGAUUCAGCCUGAGGGACGCCGCAGCCACUCAGCAUUCACGUAUAAUGGAGAGCUGUACAUAUUCGGAGGCUACAACGCUCGACUGGACCGACACUUUAAUGAUCUGUGGAAGUUUAACCCGGAGGCAUUCAGUUGGAAGAAGGUGGAGCCGAAGGGGAAGUUCCCAUGUCCCCGCAGACGGCAGUGCUGUUGCAUUGUGGGAGAUCGAAUCAUCCUAUUUGGAGGAACGAGCCCGUGUGUGGAGCAGGGAAUGGGUGAUGAGUUUAACCUGAUGGAUCACUCUGAUCUCUACAUUCUUGACUUCUGUCCAAAUCUGAAGACUUUAUGCAAAUUAGCUGUAAUUCAGUACAGUUUGGAACAAUCAGGACUGCCACAUGACAUCAGGUGGGAACUGGCUGCCAUGACAACCAACAGCACCAUCAGCCGGCCCAUCUUCUCAUCUCAUGGAUAAAAGCACACACACACACACACACACACACACACACAGGACAAACUAGAGUUUAUUGACACUGAACAUUAAACCACUUUAUUCA